AAAAUGUUAGUUAGAGGAAGUCAUGUGACUAGUUGUUUGUAUGAAUAGUUUAUGUUUAUAGUAGAAGUCAGACUGUAGGUUAAUCUAGGAGAGAGGUGAUAUAUUCAAUCAGAUUUAACCUUUCUCAUAUUCUUACCUAACCCAGGAACCAACUUCAACAAUGCCGGGAACAAUCGUUGGUAAUGAUGAUUUCGAUACUGCAGCAAUUGUCGAGUGUCUUCGUAAUUCCAUGAAAGGUUUUGGAACGGAUGAAGAUCAGAUUAUAGCUACUAUUGUCGGUCAUACCAAUGCUCAGAGACAGGAAUUACGAGAAGCCUUCAAGGCAGCUUAUGGAAAGGACCUAGUAGACGACCUAAAGUCUGAAUUACGAGGAGACUUAGAAGAAGUAACAGUAGGUCUAAUGACACCACCUCGAGUAUAUGACGCUCGUCAACUUCACUAUGCCUUAUCGGGAGCCGGUACAGAUGAGACGAUAUUAAUAGAAAUCAUGGCAACUAGAAAUAAUGAUGAAAUAGCAGAAAUUAAAGAAAAAUACAAGGAAGAGUUUGAGAGUGAGCUAGAGGAUGAUCUGAUGUCAGAUACCGGUGGUUAUUUUGGCAGAUUGAUGGUUUCUCUAUGUUCCGGUGCACGAGAUGAGAACCCAGAUGUUGACUAUGAUAAAGCUAUUGAAGAUGCAAAAGCUUUUCACGAGGCUGGAGCUGGUGUAUGGGGUACAGAAGAAGCCGAAAUGAACGCCAUUUUAUGUUUAAGAAGCUUGCCGCAGCUCAGGGAAACUAUCAAGAACUAUGAAGAGUUUACAGGAACGUCCAUGGAGGAGGCAAUUGAAAAUGAAUGCAGUGGAUCCUUAAAGAGGGGUUAUUUAGCCAUCAUUGCCAGUGCUAAAGAUCUACCAGGGUUUUUCGCAGACAGGUUAAAGAGUAGUUUUUCUGGACUAGGAACCAAUGACAAUGAUUUGAUUCGAAUCGUCGUCUCUCGAAGUGAGGUUGAUCUACAAGAAAUAAAAGAAGCAUACCAAGCUAAAUAUGAAACGUCUUUAAAUGAUGCUAUAGCUAGUGAAUGUGGUGGAGAUUAUAAGAAUAUGUUACAGGCUAUUGUAAAUGCUUCCUAAUUUACAUUAUAGUAUUAUGUUUUUAAUAAAAUAUUGUUACCUGCA